AUUCAAUUCACGAUCGUUUUCCACCCAUAUCAUCAAAAAAUAAAAAACUGGUCUAUGUUCAUCGCGCAGUGAUUUUUUGAUUUGUUUGCAACCAGUUUUCUAUUAAAAUCUAUAAAAAUAUUAUAACCCAAUUAUUAAUAAAAUAAGUGCAAAAUAAUCUAAUAUCCAUUUGUUACAAUGAAACCUUUAAAAUUAGUAAAAUAUCAGCACAAAUCUGUGCUAAAUCCACAAGUGUCUCAACAGAAUAGCAGACAAGUUGUUCUCCACCAUUUUUGAAAGAAGUUUUGUGUUUUGUUUCUUUUUUCUAUUUUUCUUUUUUGCUGCUUUUGAGUUUGUCGAUUAUUUUUGAUUUCGUAUUUCGUUCGUUUUGGUUUGGGAUAGAAAAUUUAUAUAUGACAAAAAAAAAAAAGUUCUCCACUGAUCUUUCGUCUGAUUGGAUUUAAUUGAUUUAAAUUGAGUUUUUCUCUUUUUUUUAAUAAUAACUUUUUUUAUUGGAUUGUUGAUUCUUAUUGUUUGUGGGCCCUCUACUCUCUCUCUCUCAUAGACGAGGGUGGAGCAAUUUCAAAGUGCUUCUACGACAAAUUUCCCAGUCGUAGUUAAAAAUGCAAUCGGUUGCAAGCACUAGUGCUGGACAUAGUAGCUCUGCUUCCACUAACCCUAGCAACACAAAUAAUGCAUCUACGGCUUUGGUAAAUAGCCAUGCAGUGGUUGUGUGGGAGUUUGAGUCGCGCGGUGGCAAGUGGUUGCCGUACAGUCCGGCAGUGUCACAGCAUUUGGAGCGGGCGCAUGCGAAAAAGCUCACUCGGGUGCUGCUGAGCGAUGCUGAUCCGAAUUUGGAACAGUUCUAUGUGAAUGUUAGGACAAUGGUUCAGAGUUCGGAGGACGUUCAGGUGCCAAUGAUUAGUGUACGUCGAAUGUAUUACAAACCCACUUCGCCAGCGGGUAAAGGAACUAAAUGGGAGUGGGUUGGGGCGAGUGGAAAUGAUUGGCAUCCAUAUAAUAUGCACGUUCAGUGUAUUAUUGAGGAAUCAUGGGCUAAGGGCGAACAAACAUUAGACUUGUGCAACACGAAUAUUGGACUUCCGUAUACAAUAAAUUUUUGUAAUUUAACACAAGUACGUCAGCCAAGUGGGCCAGUUCGUAGUAUAAGGAGGACACAACAAGCGCCAUAUCCGUUGGUUAAAUUGACGCCACAACAAGCACAACAAUGGAAUAGUAAUACCGAAAAAGUCAACCCACCACAACCCCAACUACCACCGAAUUCAUCAGUUCCAAAAAUACCACCGAAGCCAUAUCCAAAACCCAGACAUUUGCAGGCACCAAGCCUACAAGCAACACAAACAAUUGGCAUACCUCAAACAAAUCAAAAUAAUGCCGCCAAUCAACAAAAACAACGCCCAACGAAGCAGCCUAAACAAAAAAACACCAACGAGGUGUCAACCACAAAUCUUCGACAAAUUCUCAACAAUCUCAAUAUAUUCAGCACAAAAAAUGCUUCAUCAUCGAAUGCAUCCUCAAGUUCACAAAAUGGUCAGCUAUCGUCGUCGUCGGGUAGCAAUACACAUUUCUCCCAUUCAAACAAAUUCACCGCAUCAAUUCAUAGCCAUCAUAGUCGCAGCUCAGAAGGAUCUCAUCAUUCUCGUCUCGGAUCACAUCGUUCUCGUUCGAGAACUCGCAUUUCCGAAACAGAUUCCAGCAGCUUAAAGUCGAAUCGACGACCUAGUGUUGACACGGUAUCGACUUAUCUCAGCCAUGAAAGCAAAGAGUCUCUACGCAGCCGGAAUUUUGCAAUUUCCGUCAACGAUCUGCUAGAUUGUUCAAUAGGUAGUGAUGAAGUUUUUACUUCUGUACACGAUAGGAAUGUCCCACCUCCACCGCCUCCUCUGCCACAACAACAACACCACCUUCACCAUCAGCAGCAGCAAUUGCAACAUCAACAACAGAUGUCAGGGUCUAUAGUUGGUGUUGAUCCCGCCAGCGAUAUGAUUAGUCGUUUCGUCAAAGUAGUUGAUCCACCCCAAUGGCCAAAUGCUCAACCCUGUCCGAUGUGUAUGGAGGAGCUGGUGCAAAAUUCCCAGAAUCCAACCAUAUCGCUAAGUCGUUGCCAGCAUCUGAUUCACUUGCAGUGCCUCAACGAGAUGAUCAUCGAACAGCAGAAGGAUGUAACAAAGGUGGGUGCUUGUAGUAAUCUCCCCUUAUGGGAACCCAAUAUGGUUAGCAUGGUCCAUUUCCAGAAUCUCUUUAUCGAGUGCCCAGUGUGUGGGAUAGUGUAUGGCGAAAAAGUUGGCAACCAACCAGCUGGCACGAUGUCGUGGAGCAUAAUUGGCAAGAAUCUGCCUGGACAUGAGGGUCAAAAUACAAUCCAAAUUGUAUAUGACAUUGCUUCGGGAAUUCAAACAGAAGAACACCCUCAUCCAGGACGAGCCUUCUUUGCUGUUGGUUUCCCCCGUAUUUGCUAUCUACCAGACUGUCCUUUGGGUCGUAAAGUUUUACGAUUUCUUAAAAUCGCCUUCGAUAGGCGCCUGUUGUUUUCCAUUGGACGUUCGGUGACAACGGGCCGUGAAGACGUCAUCAUUUGGAAUAGUGUAGAUCACAAGACGCAAUUUAAUAUGUUCCCUGAUCCGACAUACCUGCAGCGGUGCAUGCAGCAAUUGGUGCAUUUAGGAGUAACUGACUGAUUAUAAUUUGUUUUUAUUUUUUUUUUUUGAUUUAUUUGAUUUUAUACAGCAGGUUUUAGUUUAACAACUUUUUUUUUAAAGAGAAGGAGAAGGUGUGCAAUUUUUGUAUUGAAUAUUCCGGUUUGGGUAAGCCAAACGUUAAAAGAAAAUUUUUAAGCUAAACUCAUGAAACUUUAAAUUAUAUGAAAAUGAAUAUAAGAGAAUCUCUUGCCAUCAGCCAUUUAAAAACAAAUAUCUUUCUAUAGUUUUUUUUGUUUAAUUUACUUUUUGAA